UGUUAUUUGAUUUUUUUUUGAGGCUUUGUUGUUGAUUGUUUUGGUCUUUUUAAUUUAAUUGUCUCAGUUUUAAUUUUUUUUUCUUCUUUCUUGAUUAAUUGAUUAAUCUAAUCAUGGGUAAAGGAUAUACUAACUUCAUGUGUAAGAAACCAUUUCAUCCUGGAUCUCGAGACAAUAUUAAAAGGGUUUGGAUUGCUGAACAAAAGGCUGCUAAUGAGAAACAAAGGGAGGAAGAGUUAAGGUUACAAUAUGAAAAGGAACAAGAUUUAUACAAUAAUCGAUUGAUGGUUUCUACUGAGAGUAAGGAGAAAUUGUCUCUUAAUUUCAUGUAUGAAGCACCUCCAGGAGCUAAAAGGGAGAAAACUCGUGAAGAUGAUGAACCUGAAUUCAAAUUUGAAUGGCAAAGAAAUGCACCCAGAGAAAGUUUCGCCAAAAACAAUCAAGAUAUUCAUGAUCAACCUUUUGGAAUUCCGGUUAGAAAUGUUCGCUGUAUUAAAUGUCAACAAUGGGGCCACGUGAAUACCGAUCGUGAGUGUCCAGUUUUCGCAAGUGGAUCGGAAAUAUUUCAAUCUAAACCUUUAGCAGAAUCAACAACAACAACUCUACCAUCAUCCUCAUCCUCAUCAUUACCUGAACAUGGUUUAGAAAAAUCAACUCUCGGUGGUAAAGAAAUGAAACCAUUGGAUUUAUUAUCGAAAAAGAUCAGAAAAGAUUAAUGAAACAAUUGGAAAAGAUGAAGAAGAAAAAAAAGAAAGAGAAAAAAGAAAAGAAAAUGAAAAAAGAGAAAAAAGAGAAAAA